AUGGCGGCUUAUGCCAAUUUUCUUGCUCUUGGUGUCAUUUUCUCUUCUAUCCUGUUUCCAGCACAAUCACGUAAGUAAAACGUGCGAAGAAAUUAUAGGAUGUGUGACACAGAGGUUAAGGCCAAGUUACACGAGGCAAUUUUUGCUACAACUUGCAAUGUAACAGGCCAUUUCUGAAUUACUAUCAAAUAUUAAAGCCUCGUUCUCGCACUGUUGUCUGUGGGCGUGCUAAAUUGUAAUGUUUUUACGGUAAAUUAACACUAAGCCUCGACAUGGCGUUAUUGUUCUUGGUAAUGUGUAAUUCAGAAAUCAUGUAAUUCAGACCCUCAGUCCAUUACUCAAUCUGUCAUAUCCCAUCUUUACAUUUUUUAGACAACAACACAAGCAAACAUAAACACAACAGCCUAGACACGUUACUAGAUAAUGUCAUUGGCGAAAUUCCGAGAAAAGAUAGCAGCAAGUUUUUCUCACAACUGUUCAAAAAUGAAAACAAGAAAAUUUCGAAAUCAACGAAAACGCAUUUCACAAUUUCACCAGCGAAAGAUGAACUAGGUACAAAGAAAUCAACCGAAGCAACUCCGUCUCCGAAACCCGACGACAAUCCAGCGAUCUCAGUCGCCUUGUCAAAACCGAGUGUUUAUUUCGUCGACUUAGGAUUGAAAACUCAAGGAGAAGCCACAAAGACACAAGAAUAUAAUGCAGCAAAAAGGUUUCGUAUUCCUCAGUCGAAACCACUAUUAAAACAUAACAGAACAUUACCUACGCACCAUAAAGACAACAUUAAACCGGACACACUAUUAAAAUACGACAGUAUAAUUUAUAUACAGCCUAAAAACGGAACGGAGUUUUUAAAGAACACCACUCCUGACAACGCUAUGACUUCGGUAACUGAUCCGAGAAUACUCGAAGAUGUCACGGAGAGCCACGAGCGUCGAGUGAAACGUCAAGAAGGUAGUUUACUCAAUGAAGGAAUACCCAUACUGGGUUCCAUUCCAGAUGCUGGUAUGCAGACAUUACCCGUUCAAACAUUAAAUACCAUAAUACCAGCACAGAGUAAUAUCGGAGAUAUUGGUGUUAGGAGUGACAUCAAUGCUGUAACCAAUAACAAAGUGGUGGCUAUGGUGCCAGUAAAAAUGGAAACACCAUUGGAUUCACCUCCGUCUGUUGCCAUGGUUUCACAAAGUGAGUAAAAUGCUUAGAUUGGUUGAAAACAAUGCUUUUGUCGGGUGCUAUAUAGCAGUUCUAUAUCGUUGUUUGCAUUCGCGGAUAAAAAUAUUGUCUAGUGUGAGGCCAGUUAAGAAUGAUUCACUGGGAAAAAAUGUGAAAUCCAUAGUACGAAAUUUGCAAUUGUACCACUAUUAAAACCCGUAGUAUAUCCAUACUAUAUACUAUUUCCAUAGUAUGGAAAUAUACAAUUAUUAUGGAUAACCAAAAUCCAUUCUAUUUCCAAUAAAGAUCCAUACAAUUUCCAUUCUAUGACCUUCCAUGGAUUUUCAAAAUGUUUUCCAGUAAUUGGUUCACCAGAUUGAAACCUGUCCAAUACUACUCGGUUGUCAAACAUGACUCUGAUGUCAGAAUAAAGCAAUCUUUUAUCUGUAACAGUUAACGCUGAAGCCUGGCACACACACACACACACACACUACGAUUUAUGGUUUGGAUGCAUGUUAAAAUGAGAAACAAUUAGUGGUACAAUCUGUGGGCUCAUUAUUGUCACUGCAGCUCUGAUUUGGCGCCGUUAAAUACCAUGCAUCUAAACCAGCUGUUUAUCUCAUUCGAAUCAACCAGGCUUAUAGCUACGCACCACGUAACAUUAGGCCAGUGGCAAAGCUAGCCAUGGCAACUGAUCAUGCUAUGCUAAUAAAUUUGCAUCUAAAUACGUUAAAGAAAAUAUAUUUCUAAAGGUUUAAAUAAUGCAAAUCAUUAAAAAUUUGCAUAUAGCAUGACCUGUUGUGAUGUCUCGGGUAAAGAUACCUAAAAUGAUCAUGUUUUGUGUUUGGCUUUCAGAAACAAAUCAGAAACAAAAACGAUCAUUGUUCGUAACUCGUUCUUUGCACUGGGAAAAAAAUGUGAAAUCUAUACUAUGAAAUUUACAAUUGCACCACUAAAUCCAUAGUAUAUCCAUACUAUUUCCAUACUAUUAUCCAUAGUAUGGAAAUAUACAAUUAUUAUGGAUAAUCAAAAUCCAUGCUAUUUCCAAUAAAGGUCCAUACAAUUUCCAUUCAAUGACCUUCUAUGGAUUUUCAAAAUUUUUUCCAGUGUUAGAAAGACGAUUUCUAUAGUUUUAUUAUCUUUCAUUGUUAUAAUCAACCAACCAGGAGCCUGGAUAGUAUAGGUAGAUGAUGACCCGAUGUCUAGCUUCGCCACUGCAUUAGGCAUACAUUAGAAAGUUAAUGAAAUAUUUCCGAUUAUUUAGCACCCCAACUAGUGCAACCCGAGGCCUUAGGAACAUCAAGAUCUACCCUACCUUUAACAACGUUGAUCCAAACAUCACCCGAUGUAUCCACAAAUACCCCACGCAGUCCUGAUGUUGGAAACUUGCUUGUCAGGUUGAGAGAUCGGCAAAACCGGUUUGCAACCAGUGACAACCAGGAUAGCAAGCUUAAGGUGACAUCUGAAGAAGGGAAUGAAAACGAUGUUAUCAAAUUAGCGCAAGUUCCUUUGAGGCUCCUUGAUCAGAAAACAAAACAUUUCAAGCACAUCAAAACAGCACAUUCAAACGGGAAAAUGAGUGCAGGCGAACACUCAAAUGCGAUAAAAUUAGACCAGCUCUCGACUAAACCUUUGAGUUUAGAAACCAAAAAUGCAGAAAAAGUGAAAACAAAUUCGAAAGAAAAAUCACAAGAAGAUAUCAAUAAAGAAACACUGGAGACGCUACAAUCCAGGUUGACAAACAUAAUCUCAAAAUUGGAGGCCAGAGUGAACAAGCAUCAAGGACGGUUAAAACAACCGAAAAAAGAAGAAUCGUUAAGUAAAAUAGCUAAAAACAAACCGAGUGAAAAGUCUUUGACAUUGUUAAAGAAAAGGCUCUCCCACGUUCUCAAAAAGUUUAAUUCGAAGCCUGGGGCUGGUCAGCCGUUCAUGAUAGGAAAGGAGUGGCGUAAUGUACUGAAGCAUGGGCCCAGCCAAGGAAGUGAGGCCAAGAAAACGGAAAUGAAAAAAUCGAAGAAUGCAAUAGAGAAUGAUGGUAAGUUACAGCUGCUAUAGUACAAAAAAGUAAUCCAUUUUCAAUGAGUUAAAAAGCCUAAGCUAUCGGGUUUAUGGGUAAAUAUCAGAAUUUUUGGGCAUCCCACUCGAUUCAACUAUAAUGUUGAAGGAUUUGUGGUUGGGAAUACGGAGUGUACUUUUUAUAUAUUUAUUAGACUUAACCAGGUGCAGUUGCGAUAAAUGCAACUAUAGGCAGGCUUUUAGCCAAGCCAGAAGGGCGUCCAGGAGUCCUGGGACGCCCAUAGAACAAAAAAAUGGACGCCUUUGGACGCCCAAAUUCUGGGGAAAAAGGGAAAUUAUUUUAAAUGAUCUCCCUAAGUAUAUUAAUAUAUCUGAAACGAAAUAGCUUCAAUUCUCAUUAUUAUUACACAUUUGACAUUUUGAUCAAUUUGAUGGUGUACCUGGCUGAAUGAAAAUGUCGUAGUUAAUUAAAGAAGCAUAGCUGCACAAACUCACAAAGCCAAGUGUGUUUGAAAAAUUUCGAACGAGCUUGGAACAGAUACUGAUAUGAAGUAACGUAAAGUUCAAAGGUCUUCCAGAGGAACGUUUCCUCGACCCCCAAUGAACCCCACCCCCCCUUUACUGUACAUGUAUCGUUGUAUAUAGGCCCUCUGGCAGAAAUCGUCGAACCAACGGCCCUGCGAUUCCGGUGCAGCGCUCUAACCAACUGAGAUACAGAGUCCAGUUGUCGAGCUCUAAAGGUGAUCGAUGCCAAUGUAUAAGGUGUAUGGGUAAUAAAUGUACACUCGAAAAUUUCCAUCUACAAAUAGUUCUAUCGAGUAAGAGUUGGAUUACUUUUUGAUGUAUAAAACUUACCACUGAUGUCACACGCUUGCACGUCUUUCAACCAUUCUUCGAACCUAUAAACGAAAUAAGAACAAUCGAUGAUAAAAUAUUUCGGUAAGAAAUUUUAUGACUUUCUAGCUAUUGUUGGAAUUUUACCCUUCGUUACAGGAAACUGGCCCUCUAUUGCAUCACAACUUCUAAGAAAAUUAGACAGAGGUAAAUAAAAGCAACAAUCUGAAUAUUUUAAGAAACUAGUUAUAUCAGAGAAACUUACUUAUCGAAUACUUUUCUUUAUCAUAUCGACAGCAUUGAUAAAGUUACAGGAACAACGAGUUGCUCGCUCUCUAGGUAAGAAUCUGUCUUUCGAAGUGGUUGGUUGUAGUAAAGGAUGAUUAGCGACCUCCUAACUUUACUAAUUUUAUAACAAUGUUCGAGGGUAACUUUAUUCACAUUUCUCGUCCCUUCCUCCACAUUCAGGCAAAAACGCAGUGAUGUACUUUAGUUUUGACAAACCAAAGUCGACAGUUCACAACAACAAUGCAGUUGAAGACAAGUCUGGUCAUUUUAAUGACGCGUCAACCUCUAGAAGAGCCCACACGUCGUCACGGGCGUACGGUAAGAAAUUUUCGUUUUCAUUCCCGAUUUUAACGCUGCAAGUUGUUAGUAACAACGUUGUCGUAGCGAGUUUUGUGUUUGAUUUACACAGUACAACUCAAGUUGUAAGCAGGUUGCAUGCAACAGUUUUAGCCAAAAGUGGUGUAGUGUAAUUCGGCCUUUAACUACCGAAAGGACAAAGCGAAGCAUCUGAAGUUGGGGGGGGGGAGGAUGUGUCGGAGGAUUUUACCUGAAAUUUGAACUUCAGAGUUCAAAGUUUACCUGAAGUGUAUUAAUUAUAAUAGAGCUUGUCAUACUAAGUUUCCGAGAAAAAAAGUGGGGUCUUCUGUCUGGGGGUCCUCCCCCAGAAAAUAUUUACAUUUUUGAAGCUCCAACUGCACUUCACUGGCGUUUUCUAAAGCAAAUUCGCAAACGAACUGGAUCUAAAUUGACCGUAUUUUACAAAUACGAGUAUCAUUUCACAAAAAUAACGACUUUAUUACGCAAAUUAUACCUGAAAAUGUCAAAAUUUUAACUUGAAUUUUACAUGAUUUUUACCUACUACCCGUUUGUUAUAUGUCACAAACAUUGAUACUACCCUUACUACCCGUUUGUUAUAUGUCACAAACAUUGAUAUAUAUUCUGCUCUAGGUUCAUGUGGCAAGGCCUUAAUCUUGAACUCUGGAAACCUCCGCUUAACUACCAAAUACUUCAAGAAGAAACCAACUAAAGCUAUCACUUUAACUAUGUGGGUCCGUACCAACGUUACAGGCUACGUCAAAUGGUUCGCGCGAGACUCUGGAUCGUCACGCGAGUUCAACACGCACACGCAAUAUCCACUCGUGAGGAAAAACGUGUGGACACAUCUUUGCGGCACUUUUAACAGCUCGACUGGUAUAACUCGGAUUUACGUCGACGGAGAAUUAAAAACUGAAAAAGUGAACAGACAACAGGAGAGCGUACCCGCAGAUUUUACACCCGCAGGAAUCGGGCCCGAAUUUGGGGACGAAAAUUUGAUCGCGGUUGACGAGGUAUAUAUGUUCGCGCGGGCACUGGACCCGAGAGAAGUGAGAACGUUGUAUGAUGACUGCGAGUUUAACAGAAUGGUUCUACAUUACGGAUUUCAAAAGAUUAAUAGGAGUGCGGGUUUGGUCUUUGAUCAGUCAGGUUUACAUAAUGAUGGACAUCUGCAGGGAGGUGAGUAGGCUCGGUUCCAGCCAGUAAGCAUUCGGGCAUCGUCUUCUUUUUAGAGGUGGCGAGGUGUGGAUAUUGCGAUGUUUUACAUAUAGCCUGCGAAAAGGUUAUCGCUAAUCGUUCCAAAGUAAGCAAUUGUACUUCGUGUCUGAACUACUUGAAAAAGAUUAAAAACACCGUUCCACGUUUCCAACGAAGUUUCCAAGGUAGGUAUAGCAGGUAGCUAGCAAUUUCCCGACGCACCUCAAUGUUUUUCAUAUUUAGUAGUGUACUCCCAUUGGGUACUCCCGCAGGAAGUGUUUUUGAUCUUCAUCAGUUCAUCACAAACUACGGCAGCUCAGAACACUGCACAUAUUUAAUAAUGAUAAUAAUGUAACACUGAUACUGCCUUUCACCGCAGAACUUCUGCAUCUAUUCUCUGAAAAUAGUUCGCAAAAAGGUUUCACUCGUUUAAAAAGUAGUUACUAUAUGUCGAUUACGUUACAGGAUGAUCGUUACAGCAGUAGGUAUAAUUACAAUUGCGGGUUUUCUCGUGAAUCCAUCAUAUCGUGUUCCCUGAUGAUGCCUCUGCAUUUUAACUGAUGAGUUACUAUCUCUCUAUUUUGCAGACGCCCGAGUCCUGGACAGCGGUUGUGAUAAGUGCGGCUCGUGCCUAGACCUCAACGCCAAGACCAACCCUCGGUUAACUAUCCAAGCAACACAUUUCAAACACAGACCAACGAAAGCCAUAUCAAUAGGAGCUUGGUUUAACCUAAAUUCGACCACAGGAACACACCCCCUAUUUAGCGUCACAGAAUCAAUCUUAAAGUCAACAAUACUAGACCUUCUUGUGGCGGAUGGAAAAUUACAAUGGAAGGCGUAUAAUAAAGACCACAAUGCAAUAUUCAAUAUGGCGACCACACAAGCAGUAGUCCCAGAAGGCAUUUGGGUUCAUAUUCUUGCAACAUUCGACUCCCUUCACUGUCAAGCGAAAAUUUUUAUUGACGGGCAUCAAAAAGCACUGGCUAAAACCGCGAAGAAAGUUCCAAUCGCGGAGGAUUGGAGCGAGAUUAAGAUUGGAGGACAUAAAAGUCGAGCCCAGGCCUGGGGAGGAUAUAUGGAUGAGUUUGUGCUAUAUAACUGGGAGCUUGAGCCGUCUGAAAUUUCAUAUAUCAUGAAGUAUUGCCCGGAUCAUCCUAAGCUAGUAUCAUUCACUGUUCACGUGCCGUUAGAUUAG